CAAUUAAAUCCGAGAAACGGGUACUUUUGUUGCAAUUAAAGGUUGCAAUAUUUAACAAAAUUAGUACCAAGAUAGGACGAGGGGGAGUCAUCUGACUAUCCAUCGGAGGAUGGGUGGUGCACCGUCUGCACGGCGGCGGAAGCCAGCUCCUGAUGCAACACCCGCCGGAGCUCCAGAAGAGCAAGCUAAAAAGGAAGGAGACGUAAGUGGAGACCCUACACCAGGUGGAGAGGACAAGCUUGAGGGUGAUGUGCAACAGCAAGUGGGCCAGAAUCCAGAAGCUGAGACGCAAACCGAUGCGGCCGUGGACGCAGAGAAUGUUGCCGAACAGGACGAAGAAGAGAUAACGUUCACAGCGGCCGUCUUUCCUUCGCCAACGAUGAGGAGGCUCGACGGCGAGGACCCCGUUCUAGACUUCAUCCCCGGCCGCCCCGAGCAUCCCGCAGCCACGGAUGCUGCCUCCGCUGAUCCUGCCGCGGCGCCUGCGGCAAACACGGAAGAAACAAGGCGUCUGGAUACGAGCGCCACAAAAACGCAUUACUGGUGCUGUCUCUCCUCGUCCUCGGCUGCCACUGCCUAGCUGCCGAUUAAUUCCUUGGAGAGAUCCAAGGGCUAAACUCUAUGAUGAAUUCUUGGUGCUUUGUCACGGUGUUGAACAUGUAUAUAUAAUUGUUGGCUAGGGGUUCAGCUCUGCGUGCGUCAUGAUGUGGGUCGACGAACCGUCUCUGUUCUACAAUCUUCAGCAGAGGUUAUAGCUAUAUGUAUAUGUAAGUGUGUGUACGUGUGUAUAUAUAUAGAUAAGUCUUUUCCAAGUGUG